AAUUGUUCUGCGCUUUGGCAGCUGUGCGUCAACUCUUAACACACAGUUCACUAAAAGGCAUUCGGAACUGAAGAGUCAGUGCGUACGCCCCCAUUAAAAGAAAUUGUUUUGCAGAAGUAUUUUCAGUACUUUUUUGUAAGACUGCAUUUUGGUUGGGUGCGACAUAGUAGCGACUAGGUGCUCAGUAGUACUUCAACUGGGAAUGGAACUUUUCUCCAGGUAUGUCGAAGAGAGCGAGUCGGAACGCACAAUGACCCCUGACCCCAUGACUGAGCAGACUCUGCGGGAUGACCUUAAAUAUUAUUUUAUGAGUCCUUGUGAAAAAUACAGAGCCCGUCGUCAGUUGCCAUGGAAACUAGGAGUGCAGAUAUUAAAAAUAAUGAUGAUUACCACCCAGCUUGUUGUAUUUGGACUCAACAACCAGCUUGUGGUGUCUUACAAAGAGGAAAACCUGAUGGCUUUCAAGAGCCUCUUUCUAAAAGGUUACAGUGGAGUUGAUGAAGAUGACUACAGUUUAGCCCUGUACUCCAAACAGAGUGUAUAUGAAAAUCUCCAGUACGUCGUCGAUCAGUAUGCCCAGUUCAAACAACUCUCUGUGGGCCCAGUAAGCUACGCUGAAGAGGACGGGGAGGUGCUACCAAUGGUCAUUUGUAAAGAGUACUACAAGAGAGGCUCUGUGGAACCGUCAGAUGAAUCAUUCGACAUUGACGCUCAAACCGAGACAGUUUGCUUGACACUUGAUCCCAAAUCUGCUGCGACCUGGAGAAAAGACAAUUCGUCUUUUUUUGAAUUAGACUUUUACAGGCUGGUCAACAUCGAGAUCACUUUCCACCUUAAAGGGAUCAAUUUGCAAACGGUUCGUUCCCAUGAGCUGCCCGAUUGUUACACUUUUGACGUCAUGAUCUUAUUUGACAACCAGUGUCACAGCGGAAAGAUGAAAAUCUUUCUGGACAUUGCCGCAGUCAGUAGCGCCUGCAAGAACUGGAAGAUCUCAGGAACUGCACAGAAGAACACACACUAUCUACUGAUCUUUGACGGGUUUGUGAUCAUCAUUUGCUUGACGUCGGCCGUGCUCUGCACUCGUUCCAUCGUUCUUGCCGUAAAAUUACUUCAGAGAUUUUCCAGAUUCUUUGCGGAGAACUAUAGUCGUAAAGUGUGUGAAGAAGACCAGAGAGAGUUUUUAAAUGGAUGGUAUGUCUUAGUAAUCAUCAGUGAUGUUAUGGCUAUUGUUGGGUCUAUCCUGAAGAUGGAAAUACAAGCAAAGAAUCUGACCAGCUACGAUGUGUGUAGCAUUUUCCUGGGAACAUCAACGCUAAUGGUGUGGGUGGGCGUCAUCAGAUAUUUAGGUUACUUCCAAAAAUACAACGUGCUGAUUCUCACAAUGCGAGCAGCCUUUCCCAAGGUGCUUCGUUUCUGCUGCUGUGCUGGUAUGAUCUACCUGGGCUACACGUUCUGUGGCUGGAUUGUUCUUGGGCCUUAUCAUGAAAAGUUUGAAGGGCUGAGCCGGGUGGCGGAGUGCCUCUUUUCCCUGGUGAACGGGGACGACAUGUUUCCCACUUUUGCGGAGUUUCAGCAGAAGAAUGCGCUGGUGUGGCUAUUCAGUAGAGUCUAUCUCUACUCUUUUAUCUCUCUGUUUAUCUACAUGGUGCUCAGCCUCUUCAUCGCGCUUAUCACGGACUCAUACGAGACCAUCAAGAGGCAUGACUUCCCAAUGACGGACCUUAGGAAGUUCCUGAAUGAGCAGAAAGACUUCCUCCACUAUGAAGAGAACAGCGAGUCAGAACUGGAGGGGUCUACGUUCUGCUGCUGCAGAAGAAUCCCAAAAGAUGAUGCUGUGGUCCUCAUUAGCUGACGGGAUUACGAGACCGGGAACGGGACGAGCGCAAAGGGCAGCGGAGAAGAGCAGGCUUUGUUACUGGAGUAUCUUUUUGGGAUUAUGAAAUUAACAGUCUCAUCUCCAUUGUUCACGAAACCCCCUCAGGAAGUGGAAGUGGUUAAACAACCCCCCUUUCGAUUUCUGUUUAAAUAGCAAAUAGCAGAGACGUGAUGUCGCCCAGUAGGCGAAGAAUCACCCCAAGUGUUCAGAAAGGAUAACAAAACGUACAAAAAAAAAAAAACCCCAAAACAAAACACUUUGAAAUUUAAAAGCAGCGGGUGACUGUGUAGGAUGACAAUCAAAGGAAAGAUCAGAUGCAUCUUUCAGGAGAUGAACAAUUGCUAUUUAGCAUGAAAACAAGAGCAUGGAAAUUGUACAUGUUCCAUACUGUGUCAUUAUUUAUUUAUCACUCAUUAAAGUU